CUGGAUGCUACAGACACUCUCAGACAGACAGACGCUUGGACACUUGGACUGGCCAUGGGGUUCAGUGGGGGACAGUCUGGGCUGCUGAUGCCACCAUUGCUGCUGCUGACCUGCCUCCCGCUGGGGAUGGGCCUGGAGCACAUCAGCUAUGUGCCCCAGCUCUCAAGUGCCACCCUGGCAGCGAAACUCACCCAGACCACCUUCACUCUGGAGCAGCCGCGGGGCCAGUUCAGUCACCUCAACAUCUCCGACUUUGACCCCAUCUGGCUGGUGGUGGCCCGCAGCAACGCUAUCCAGGACGUCACUGCCCCACAGAGGGUGGAGGACUCCCCGGUCCCUGCCGACCUCCCCAAGAGGGGUUACUACCUCACGCUGAUGGCCAACCGGGCGCUCUAUCCAGGUGGCCAGCCUGGCAACCAGCUCCGGGUCCUCCGCGUUGGCAAUGACACCAGCUGCUCCCCAAAGACAAGGGGAUGCAACCACCCCCUGCCGGGCCCGGGCCCCUACCGAGUGAAGUUCCUGGUGAUGAAUGACAGAGGACCCUUGGCUGAGACAGAGUGGUCCAGUGAGACCCGUCUGCAGCAAGCGGAGGCACUCCAGGCUACCCCUGGGCCCCGGAGUGCAGGUGCACUGGUCAUCAUUGCCGUCCUGUCGGUCCUGCUGGCUGUCGUCCUCACCGCCCUCCUCGCCCUGCUCAUCUACACCUGCUAUGACACCUGUGGGAGCACCCCCAUUUCGGGACCAGGGGAGUCAGUGUUCAUGAGAAGAUAUAACCCCCACCACAUGUUUAGCCCUCCAGCUGUGAGGGGCUCCUGA